AUGAAGCUUUCCAACGGAAGCGAGCAAGAUGAAGGAUCUAUUUUCGCCGCCGAUUACGCAAACAAACUACAAAAAUCUGCGUUCACAGGCAACGAUGAACCCAACGCCCUCCCUCAAGAACGAAGUGGUGCAAUGAGACAAGCUGUGCAAGAGAAUAAGAGACCUGAGCGAAGCGUUAGUAGAGGCCGAACUCACAUGGACAAGAGCAUCGAAGCCACAGUCAAGAAGCCCGAAAGCAGUGGCCAUGUGCGUAGUCGGAAAGCCAGUCAUAUGAUGGGCUUGUUCGACUUUCGCAACGACUUAGCGAGGAAGGCCGACCACAGCCAGGAAAUUGACAACAAAUACGAUACAGAAUCUGUUGAGAGUCCCAUUUCUCAAUUAUCAAAAUGCACUCCUGGCAACGACUAUUUCUCGAAACGAUCCUCUAGAACAGACAGCACAGUGGGCUUCACCACGAAGUCACUGGAUCUAGCAGAUACGCCCUCCGAAGACGAUAUAGACCCUUCUCAGUUUCCUCUCGAUAACGAACAAACUCCACAACCAUCCUCCCUACUGUCAGCUCACUACGAUGAUACAAGGGCCGGAAGUCAAGGACGGCCAGACACUCUUCGUCAUAAAGCCUCCACCCCAGGUGUCCCAGGCAUCGAUCAUGCAGGUACCGUUUUCGACAUUGCACAGUUGACAGACUCACACGAUGAGGAAGGCGAGCGGAUAGUCGACGCCUUGUACUUUCCACAUGAAGGUAGAGCUGCUUAUGAGCCUGAUGAAGAGGACCACCACCAUGUUGCCACCCCGCAAUAUCGACAUGGUACUUUAGAUCCGUCUACUGCUCAAUCAACACAGCUUACCGAAAAUGCAUACCUUGAGUCUGAGGGACAACGAAUUGAUAUCUCAGUUGAGUCAGAUUUUGAGAAGACUGUGUUUCAUGGCACUUUCGAAUCGCCUGCUGAGGAAAUUGGCCGUUCAGAAGAGGAUGAUGGAGACGAACAGACACCACGAGUUCGAGCAGUCAAUGGUAGACCUACUGGUAUCCUGUCAGCCCUGUCAGACUCUGCAUCCAGCGAUGAGCUUGCAGAUGCAACUCAGUCUGAAGAGGCAGCCUCCACACCAGUUGCUCGUCCAACAAUUUCCAGUCAGAUAAAGGAUCCUAAAGCUAGAGUCGGGUCAGUCGCCAAGCCAAAAACGGCUGUCACACUCAAACCUUACAAACAUCAAGUUGGUGGCCAUUCUACCAUGUUUCGAUUCUCAAGACGAGCGAUUUGCAAGCAGCUCAAUAACCGUGAAAACGAGUUUUAUGAGCGCAUUGAGCAAUCACAUCCAGACAUGCUGAAGUUCCUGCCAAAGUAUAUCGGGGUGCUCAAUGUCACCUUCCAGAAAAAGCCGAAAGAGGAAGAAAUUGCUGGUAAGGAUGACGGUGAAGAGCUUGUAUCAAAUGACAUCACUCAGCCUGUCGACAAAUCUGGCGACUUGCCCGCUAAGAACAAAGAUAAGGAUGCCCAGGCCAGUGGAAGCCCCCAGCCUCGAAUUGUUAGUCAUUCCCAGAAGAUUGAUGACGCGGCACAGGUCUUCCUUGACCAGAAUCGACAUCUUCUUGCCUCUGAAUACUUUGGUUUACCUGAACGACCAAAGAGCGCCGAUCCGAACCACUUCCGCAUCCGAGGCUCAAACGGUACUUCCUCCCUUGGUGGCAAUGCCGAGCGUUCUCUCAACGGUACAACUAGUCCUACACGUCCUAGCCUAGGACAUACUACCAGUCAUCCGUGGGGUAUCUCUUCUCUCAACGACUCUUUGAAGCAUAAGGUGCUCAAAGAAGUUUUCGGUGGAGUUCCUCAGAUCAACCAUGUCAAUCGGCACAAUCGGCAUGCUCCUGCACAUGCUCCCCACCCCAACUCGAACUCCUAUCCUCUGCGAAAGGACCCAGAGGAAAGAAGACGGUCGAACCUGUCACUCGAUACCUUCAGAAGCGGCGACAUCAAGAAAGAUCAAAGUUUGCAACAAUCAGCUUUCCCUACCACUCACCUGUCUAGAUCAGAUCUUGCUAUUCAGUCAGCUGUGGUGGAACCUGACAACAAACUUCUUGGCAUACUAAGCGAGCCUCGACAGACAUAUUCUUCUUCGGUUGGAGAUGUUAAUCAGCAUGACCUGAGUAGAAUUCAUACUCACAACAGUGCUGAUACAGAACCUACUUCCAAUGCUCGAAUGGCUCCUCGAAGAAGACAUUCUGGUAUGGGUCUGCGAAGAAGACGCAAGUCUGUUAACGGAGGUGAAAAAGUCGACCUUGAGUACUUCGAAGACGACGCUCUCAGUGCUAUGCGCGAGCCUGAGGUUUUCGCUAUGGACGAAGACAACAUCACGACACAAGAGCAGCCUUCCACAUUGAAGUCCUCUGCUACUAGCACAAGCAACGAACACGAUGUUGUUGUGGAAGGCCAAGACAGUGUCAGCACAAAGUUGACGGUCAAGAACAACGCGAAUGGUGAAGAAACCGACACACGUGACACCAUCGCAGAGCACCAGAUUCCAGUCAAUCCGAAGGAAGCACAGUGUGCACAGCCCGGUCAACGCAAUGCCCUCUAUAUUCUUCUUGAGGAUCUCACAUCAGGAAUGGGCAAACCUUGUGUCCUUGACCUGAAGAUGGGCACACGCCAGUAUGGUGUCGAUGCCUCGGAGAAGAAACUCACGUCUCAACGCGAGAAGUGUGCUGGUACCACGUCUCGACAACUGGGCGUCAGAGUCUGCGGUAUGCAAACUUGGAACAAGGCAACUCAAGAAGGAAGACCAUUUCGGACAACUUUGGUUCGGUUCCUCUAUGACGGUAUCAGCUACGACAGUGUCGCUCGACAUAUUCCAACCAUUUUGCAUAAGCUUGGCAAGUUAGAGAACAUGGUUCGACGACUUCCAGGCUAUCGGUUCUACGCCAGUAGUCUGCUCAUAUAUUACGAUGCCGAGCCCGAACUGUCUCGAGAGUUCCUGGAAGCACAGAAAAAUGGUGUCGAUUUGAUGGCCAAGAAGAAGAAAGAAGACAAGAUCUGGCCACCUCCCAUUGAGAUCAAGCUUGUUGACUUUGCAAAUUGUGUCACAAGCGAAGACAAACUACCUGACGAUAUCAAGACUCCUCCUCAUCAUCCUGGUGAUGUCGACCGAGGUUAUUUGCGCGGUUUGAGAUCACUCAAGCACUACUUUGAGAAGAUCUUGAGGGAUAUCAAGAAGGGAGUUUAUGGGAACGUGGCUCCUGCUGAUCUCAAGGAUCUAGUGGACGAUGAGGGUGAUUACGUGCCUGCUAAGGACGAUGCAGAAGAUGACGGUGAGAUCUCAAUUUGA